AUGCCCAAACAUCCUGAAAACAAAAAACAAAUACCUAAAACACGAGAAAGAUAUACAAUUUGCGAAUACUGCAAAACAAAAGAUCUACUCUGUGAUAAUAAAAUACCCUGUUCAUUUUGUAAACUCAGUAAUAAAACCUGUAAAAGAAACUAUCGCAUAUCAGAUAAAACCAAAGUACUCAAAAAAAUAUUUGACGCAAAAAUAAACUUACUCCAUAUAAUUGAAGAAGCAAAGUUGAUCUUUGAAUCACUCAAAAACCAACAUAACUUUGAUAAACUAUACGAGGAACUUGAUAAUCUACAAGACACCUCUGACGAAGAUAGUGAAUAUCCAAAUACAUCAUACCAAGAAGAAUACACACCAAACCAUAUACCAAACACACCU